AUGGCAUCCGGAGAGCAGUCGUUCCUCGCUUCGAUCCAGAACAACAUCCGCGGCCGGCCAAUAUCGUGGGAAGGCGCAGUGCGGGCUAAGACCAUCACGGAUGCAGACCUCAAGCAGAUCAAAUCAAUUGAUAAAGUGCGGAAGGAGCAAAGAAAGCAGACGAUAGAGAGCGAUGUGGAUAGCUUCGUGACCCUGCUGCUUGGCGGCAACGGGUCGCAGAGCAUAUUCGAGGCGGCAGCGAAACGCCAGGACAUCAUCCACUACAUGCUGGUGCUACUCGCGGACAUGAUUGACGACAUACCCGCUCUCACAACAGCUCUCGUCCAGCAUCCUGCGCCUUACAAGCCGUUCCUGCCACUUUUGAAGAACAGCGACGACCCCGUCCCUCUUCUUACCUCCAACGUCCUCACUGGACUUCUGUCACACGCUGUCAUACAAUCCUCGAAGAACACGCCGCAAGUCGACGAAGCCCUCCCCCAGCUCUUCAGCUACCUCUCCACGCUCGCAAAGUCGUCAGACGCUGCCUUGCAAGACAUCGCUGUCCGAUUCUAUUCGGCUGUUCUCCGCAGCAGCAAGGCCAGGAAGACCUUCUGGAAGCAGAGGCAAGAGACUCUGAACCCUCUCUUUGACAUUCUUCGCACGGCAGCAGGCGCUGCCAAGGAUACGGAUUCGACGCUGUAUGGUAGCAACAGCAUUCGCAGCAAUGACGGAGGACUUGCUGGUGGUGUGGGACUACAGCUCCUGUACCAUGUGCUUCUUGUCAUCUGGCAGCUUAGCUUCGAGGGCGAGCUUGUUGGUGACGGACUCCAGGACGACCAUGACAUUGUAGUCUUGUACGCACAGCUUCUUCGUGUAUCGCCCAAGGAGAAGACUACCCGCCUCUUGCUAUCUACCCUCGUAAACCUCCUCACCACCAACCGCCAGUCGCUGCUGCCCACAGCCGUCCUCGCCCGCCUGCCAGCAUUGCUCAACAGCCUGAAAUCGCGUCAUCUGACCGAUGAAGACGCUCUGGAGGACCUUCAGUCUCUAAACGACUUACUAGAAGAGUACACCAAGACACAGACUACCUUUGACGAGUACGCCGCCGAGCUGAAGUCCGGCCACCUUCGCUGGUCCCCACCGCACCGCAACCCCACCUUCUGGAGCGAGAAUGCGCGGCGCAUACUCGAAGACAACAAGGGCGAGCUCCCACGCAAGCUUGCUGAGAUUCUGUCAAAGAAUUGGGAGAACGACAAGCAGGUCCUCGCUAUCGGUUGCAACGAUGUGGCAUGCCUGGUCAAGGAGGUACCGGAGAAGAGGCAGCAACUCGAAAAGUUGGGCUUGAAGGGUAGAGUCAUGGAACUCAUGCAGGAGGCAGACGAGACCGUGCGGUGGGAAAGCUUGAGGGCUGUCGGCGAAUGGUUGCGAUACAGCUUUGAGUCUAAGAGCAGCGAGCUUCCGAUGCGAUGAGCACCGUAGCCGCUACCUUGGGCACAUCAUUGAAGUCAUUUGGAGCGGAUCGGUCAUGUGAGUUUUGUUUUGAGGUCACAAGUGGAGAUAACUCGUGGCACUCAUAGGGGAUCGGAUAUUUCAGUACAAGUGAGAAUCUGUACAUCAUCUUACCCUAG